UGCUAUGUUGAUGAAGAGGUCCUAUCAACUUAUUGUGCACUAUUGGAUGAUGAUACAAAGUCCAUAAUAGUUAUUAUAACUGAGUUAUUUGUCCUGUUGACAACGCCCGUUGAUCUAGACCAGAAUGUUGACUUUGCUGAUGAUAACGCGUGCCUACAAAGAGAUAUCUUAAAGGCUCAGUUUGCUUAUAAGGAAUUGUUUGCGAAAAACCCCAUUGCACUCAGAACCCUGUUAAAUCUGCUCACAAUUUAUUCUCUUCCAAUUCUCUAUUGGAAUGUUGAUAAUGGUAGCGAGCCCACGGAAAGCAACAUUAUGGUCGUUCGUCUAGUGCUAGCAUUAUUUCGGAAUUUGUUGGCUAUAGACAAAAAGGAUAAAAGGCUGCAUUACAAUCUAGUGCAUCAAUAUUAUAAAGAAACAAUAAUAGAAUGCUUUUGUUCAUUCAAUUCAAAAACUAUCGAAUUAUUUCAAUGUAAUAUCAUAGUACAAGAGAUAUUCUAUCAUAUUUUUUAUGGUAUCGAACCUUCCGAAAUUCUGGAGAAUCCUACAGCUGAAGCAAAUGAAUUUUCCAAAAAACUGUUAGAAAAUGAGGAAAAAAAAAAGGAGGAUUAUCGUCGUCGUUUUAAUGAACGCUUUAGUGGAAAGUAUUGGGUGAAGAUGCCUGAUGGUUAUGAAAUUCUUACUUCUAAAAAGAAUGCGCGUUCCGACAAACUUCCCGAUAAUUCUGAAGACAAGGAGAAUAAACGUCCGAUAAAAGAUGAAUGGCUGCCAAAGAAGAAGCCAGGACUUGAUAUUAAUAACAAUACACGUGAUUGUUUAAAAGUUACUGCGAUUAAAUUUUUAAACACUAUAUUUACAACGCUUGUACACUCUGUUGGAAAAGACCUGAGAUCGGAGCAUCAUGAUAAUUAUCAGCAUUCAGUUCACCUUUUCUAUAUCACAAAGUUUUUCCUUGAAUUUUAUCAACUUUUAAGCACUAAAGAUUCAAAUCUUGUUUCGGUAAAAAAUUGGCUAGAUAUCUUGAAUUACAAAAUAUUUAAAACGAUUGAAACAAUGGGUUCAAAAAACUCGAAUGAGGAUCAUGAAACUCGUAACAAAGUUCAACAGCUGCAAUAUAGAAUUUUGUGCGACAAAGAAAAUUUGGAAUUGAUUGUUGAUGUCGUUAAAAGAUCUUCUAAACAAUCAGUGAGUUUUCUUCGAAGCUUGAUUGAGACAGUACACCGACUUUUGUCUAUGCUUGAACGGGUUAAGUUGAGAAAGUAUAUUUACGUUAAACAAAAGCGCCAAACAAAUAAACUUAGCAAAAAAGUAAAAUAUAUAAAGGAUGAAUAUGAAUAUAGAAUGGAUAAAAUUGAUUCACAUGAGCAAAGGCAUAGAACAGAGACAUUUGACAGAUACGAGAAGUGCUAUGUUGAUGAAGAGGUCCUAUCAACUUAUUGUGCACUAUUGGAUAAAGAAUACGAAACAAUUGACUUAGAUUUUUAUUAUAUUAAUACGAUGUUUUUUCGUAUCUUUUCUAAUUGUGAAUCCUCAAUUUUCUUAAAGCUGUCAUUUAUGGAACUCUUGCAUCGCAUUCUCGAACAUUUUAGGGAACUGACCGACUCUUUUCAUUUGAAUUUGAAUGAUUCACAAAUUAAGUUCAAAGAGUUUGCAUAUAAAAUU